AUGCUUAUGGGACCGGCAGUGAAUACGAUCACAGCCAAAGAAACGGGAGAGCUAAAACCAAACUCAAUCAGUGAACUCAUCAAUUCUGCAACCUCAUUGACGAUGCUUAAGCGCGUUGUGGACGAAGAAAUCAACCCUGGCAAACAGUUGACAGCCGGGGAUUUACGAGCGGGUUUAGAACAAUGCGUUAAAAUAGUUCAAAGUGCAUCAUUCGCCAGUGAAGUGAAACAUUUGUCGAAGGACCGACCAGUGCCGCGCGAGUCGAAGGUACUCAAACUUUCCCCCUUUUUAGAUCCUAAAGGUUUGUUGCGGGUUGGUGGUCGGUUGAACCAUGCCUUUAUGACUGAGGACGUCAAGCACCCCCUUAUUUUGCCCCACAAUCAAAAAGUAACGAAACUGGUCGUAUCCGAUGCGCACGAAGCCCACUUUCACGCACAAACCGAACGGACGCUGUACGAGUUGAGAGCAUCGUUCUGGGUCAUCAAAGGUAAAAGAACGGUGCGUGGGGUGGUCGGUUCUUGUCUAGAGUGUCGGAAAAGACCCGCGAAGCCAAUGGCUCCCGAGAUGGCGCCCCUUCCCGCCUGUCGUGUAACUCCCUUCCUGCCACCAUUCAGCCAAAUUGGAGUGGACUAUUUUGGCCCGUUAAACGUUACGAUUGGACGAGGUACCCAAAAGAGAUCCGGAGUCUUGUAUACCUGUCUAGUCACAAAAGCACUCAACAUUGAAAUAGCAGAUUCGCUGGACCGUGACUCAUGCAUGAUGGCCUGGUGA